AUGGACGCCGCAGCUGUGUCUCCUUCCAAAAAAAAUCCAUGUGGAAAAUUCAUCGGCACUGGUCAAAGGAAAAUUAUUGUCAAUUUAUAUAAGAAAAUAGUUAAACACCAGCUUGAAAAUCCUGACAGCCCUCGAAUGACCUUAAGAGAUAUGAUCGUCGAUAUUUCAAAAUCUUCGGGUAUUGGACAGCGGUCAGUUCAAAACAUAUAA